AUGUUGUUAUUUUUUCUGACUUUUGGUCUAUUGAAAUUCGGAGAAGCAACGAGUACUGUAGGUUUGUGAAUAAGAAUAUAUUUGGGGUUAAUGGAAGACUUGAUAAUUUAAGCACCGAAAAAUGGGACAUUGCCAACACUUGGAAACUUCACAAUUCCAUUGAUUAAUGUAUCAGAGUUUACGAUUGGAACUUUUCCACCUAUUAAUUUAACAUUCCCAACAGUUGGAAACUUCACAUUACCGCCGUUUAAUUUCUCACAACCUUUGCCAACAUUAUCACCUCUGAAUUUAACAUUUGCACAACUUGGAAACUUCACUCUUCCAACUUUUGCACCUCUCAAUUUAUCUGCUAUUCCUACAAUUGCUCCUUUCAAUUGGUCAUCUAUCGAAUUUCCAACUUUUGCUACAUUAGCUCCGUUCAAUUGGUCAGCUUUGGGUCUUGGCACAAUUCCAACGUUAGCCCCAUUCAACUGGUCAUCUAUCGAACUUCCCACAUUUGCACCGCUAAAUCUAUCAGGAAUUCCAACUCUUCCACCGUUUAAUUGGUCAUCAAUUGAAAUUGCAACUUUACCUCCUUUUAAUUGGUCAGUACUUGGAACAAUUCCUACAUUGCCCCCAUUCAAUUGGUCAGCUAUUGGUCUACAACCUCCAGUCACUUUAUCUCCAUUGAAUCUGAAUCUCGGAGUUCAAAAUAUCACUAACUUCACAUUAAGCGACUCUGUUUUGAACUUGGCAGUGGUUACUCCAAAUCCAUUGAAUCUCAGUGCUCCAAAUCCUUCUAAUUUCACAUUUGCACAACUUGGAACCUUCACUCUUCCAACUGUUGCACCUCUCAAUUUAUCUGCUAUUCCUACAAUUGCUCCUUCCAAUUGGUCAUCUAUCGAAUUUCCCACUUUUGCUACGUUGGCACCGUUUAAUUGGUCAGCGUUGAGUCUUGGAACUAUUCCAACAAUGGCACCAUUCAAUUGGUCGUCUAUACAAAUUCCAACAUUUGCACCGCUAAAUCUAUCAGGAAUCCCGACUCUUCCACCUUUCAAUUGGUCAUCAAUUGAAAUUGCAACUUUACCUCCAUUUAAUUGGUCUGCACUUGGUUUAAAUAUUCAACCAACUUCACCACCAUUCAAUAUAACUCUUCAAAAUAGCACGAAUAUAACAUUACAUGAUCCUGUUAUUAAUCUUUCCGAAUCUAUUUCUUCAAAUCUUCUCAAUUCAUCGGCUUUAUCACCAACAAUUCCACCGUUGAAUUUGACACUUCCAAGUUUAGAUAACUUAACACUGCCUACAUUCAAUUUGUCAGAUAUUCCAACUAUUCCACCUUUUAAUUGGUCAAAUAUUGAGAUUCCAACAUGGCCAACAUUAGCUCCUUUCAAUUGGUCCGUAUUAGGUUUGGGAACAAUUCCAACUCUAGCUCCAUUUAAUUGGUCAAGCAUUGAAAUGGCAACAAUUGCGCCGUUAAAUUUAUCUGGAAUUCCAACAAUUCCACCAUUCAAUUGGUCAUCAAUUGAAAUUGCAACUUUGCCUCCAUUUAAUUGGUCAGCUAUAGGUCUUCAACCUCCAGUCACAUUAUCACCAUUUAAUCUUGAAGUUCAAAAUAUGACAAACUUCACACUAUUUCCAAAUCUCAACCUAUCUUCUCUUCCAACAAUUCCAUCUAUUAAUAUUUCUUCCUUGUCUGAUUCACUGCUUCUUGGAAAUUUUACAAUGCCACCUUUAAAUUUCACCGAAUUUGCACAACUCAAAUCAGUUCCAAAUCUUAUGGAUUCUCCAGUUUGUCUCACAUGUAAUUCAUCUCAAGUUUGUACAAAGGAUAUAAAUGGAACACAAGAUUGUACAACACGACAAAUUGGAACAAAAUACUGUGCCGAUAAUCCAUGUGAAGAUGGUUUCAGUUGUUAUGACAAUGUUACAAAACAUAAAUAUACUUGUUAUCAAUCACUAAAUAUAACAUCUGGACAAUGUUUGACAACAAAAUGUUCACCAGGAGAAGUUUGUUAUCAAGAAACUGGACAAAAUGCAAAAUGUAUUGAUCGAUUUGAUGCACCAAGUUGUAACGGAACAAAUGAAGAAUAUCAAAGUUGUACUUCAGGAUGUGAUGGAACUUGUCAACAACCAUACCCGGUACAUAAACCUGUCGAUUUUUCUAAUUUAUUUUCUUAACUCAUUUUUUUUUUCAGGAAUGCUUGAAUUCCACAGUUUGUACUCCAGGAUGUGGUUGUAUUCGAGGAUAUGUUCGAAUUGAUGGAAAAUGUCAAUUGAUGAAUCAAUGUGAAUCUAUUACAACUGGAAAUGUAACAUGUGAAGGUGCAGAAAUAUAUACAGAUUGUAUGCCAAGUUGUGAAAAAAGCUGUUCUCAUAGUUGGGUUAGUUAUGAAAAUACAAAAAAUUGUUUUUUUAUUCUUGCGUGAUCUAAUUUUUGUCCAACCAGGAAAAACAAUUUAAAAAUCAUUUCCAGAAAAAUAAACAGGAAAAUAAUUUAUGAUUUGACCACGCAAAAAUUCCCUUUUUUCAGAAUUGCACGAACUCGAUGACUACAAUUUCUUCCACAUGUUCUCCUGGUUGUAUUUGUCGUUUGGGAUAUAAAAGAGAUGAUUCUGGAAAUUGUCAACAUGUAAGAAAAUGUGCUCGAUGGACAACUUGUUCGAAAAAUGAAGAAUGGUCAAAAUGUCAUAAUUGUGAACCAAUUUGUGGAGCUGAUCAAACAACGAAUCCAGCUUGUGAUCAAUGUUGGAGUGGAUGUGCAUGUAUUGAAGGAUUUGAAAGAAAUUCAACGAGUGGAUUAUGUGUUGAGAAAUCAUUGUGUAGUGCGGCUUAG